UUGCACAGCUCGCUGUACCUGAAUCUAAUCAGCAGUCGGCAGUGACUUCAACUUCCUAGUGACUUUGACUGAGAAGAUCAUCAACGACAAGAAAAGAUGCAGAACCAGAUUCACCUCCCGAUCAGCGCUCUCCAGCAGAACCCAAUGUUCCAGAUGGCCCUGGCCAAUGCCUUCCCCGCUGGUUUCAACGUCCUAGGCCAGCCGCAACUGCACCCCGCUUUCCUGCACUCACCGUACGCGGCCAACCAGCUCAGCUACCGCCCCAGCAAGGCCAGCAAGUCCUUCAUGAUUGACGCCAUCCUGGGAAGAGAUGGGGAAAAAGAAAACACAAGACCAGAAAGUGACCUGAGAGUGGACAGCGUCCACCCUUACCUGUCCUCAGCACACAAUGGUUUCCGCAGUGCACUUAAUCUUCCAAAAGGUAAAGCCGAUAUGAAGUCUUCCGUAUCCGAAUGGAAACAGAACAAAUCCAAGCGCGUCCGCACCAUCUUCACCCCAGAGCAACUAGAGCGUCUGGAAGCAGAAUUCGAAAAACAGCAAUACAUGGUCGGCUCCGAAAGAUCCUACCUGGCCGCGACGCUCAACCUCUCUGACGCCCAAGUAAAGGUGUGGUUCCAGAACCGCCGUAUUAAAUGGAGGAAGCAAAGCCUAGAGAAACAACAGCAGAGACUGAGACAGCUAGAUCUCCUACACAGUGAAGAAUCUGGCUGCGAAUCCGAAGAUGAUGACAGUGCAAGUGACUGCGGCAGCAUCGGCAGUGCUUACUAAAUAUCACAGUUAAACAUAUAAACUUGAAGCAGAUAUGCUUUUGGAAACACCAUUGACUUUCCAUACUUCUUGACUGUGAUAAUUUCCAAUAUGUGGUGCCAAUGUGGACUUGUAGCGAUGUCGUCUCCCUUCGCAGUACCUUAUCGUGCCAUAUCAAAUAAGCCAGAAGAUGUAGACCAUAUGAUAAUCAA